GCCGGCUCGGUUCUCUUUCAAUCGCCUGUCGCGCACGCGUCUCCUGCCGGCCUGUUCUGCGCAUGCGACCAUCCGUGGCCCGGCCCUUGCGGUGGGCGAUUCUCUCUGGCCCGCCAUGCAUCACCAGAUCCUCCGCGCUGGCUCGAAACGGAGCCGGUCUCUCACAUUCUAGCCAUGCCCGCAGAUUGACUCCACGGGGACUUUCAUGCCGCUAUUUCUCGAUCUCCGCACCGGCUCGGUCGGUUAACGACGCGGAUUCCACAAUUUAUGCGCUUUCAACCGCCUCCGGACGGGCUGCCAUCGCCGUCGUGCGAGUGUCAGGUCCUGCCUGUGUGCCUAUUUACGAAUCGCUAUGCCCUAACAAACCGCUCCCCCAACCCCGCCUUGCCGCCGUCCGCACCCUGUAUUCUCCCACGCGACGGCCGCCUUCCUCCAACAACGUUCUGGAUGCCAGCGCUCUAGUCCUCUGGUUCCCGGGUCCCAGAACAGUCACCGGUGAAGACGUCCUCGAGCUCCAUCUCCAUGGAGGACCGGCUAUCGUCAAGUCCGUCCUGACGGCGAUAUCUCGCUCAGAUGGUCCGAAGUACACGGUCCGGUACGCCGAACCGGGCGAAUUCACCCGUCGGGCCUUCAUGAACAACCGAUUGGACCUCCCCCAGAUCGAAGCACUGGGCCAUACAUUAUCUGCGGAGACGGAACAGCAGCGGCGUCUGGCCGUCCGGGGCGCCAGUGAUGCUCUGUUCAAACGAUACGAGGCAUGGCGGCGGCAGUUGCUGUAUGCGCGCGGCGAGCUGGAGGCGUUGAUCGACUUCUCGGAGGACCAGCACUUCGACGAGUCCACCCGCGAGCUGGUGUCCUCUGUUGUUGCGCAGGUGAAUGGACUGCGGCAGCAGAUCGAAAUGCAUAUCAUGAACGCAUCCAAGGGGGAGCUGCUGCGGAACGGGAUCAAGAUCGCCCUGCUCGGGGCCCCGAACGCGGGAAAGAGUUCCCUUCUCAAUCGCAUCGUGGGCCGGGAAGCCGCCAUUGUCAGCACAGAAGAAGGAACCACGCGCGAUAUCGUGGACGUCGGGGUUGAUAUCGGGGGAUGGUAUUGCAAGCUGGGCGACAUGGCGGGGAUCCGCUCCGAGACUAUCAGCAAUCUGACGGGACAGAAAUCGGUGGUGAUUGGCGCCGUCGAACAGGAGGGCAUCCGGCGUGCCAAAGCCCGCGCGUUGGAGUCCGACGUGGUCAUCGUAGUCCUUGCAGUUGAAGACGCAGGCCCAGCAGACGAGUUGCCGUUUCGCUUGGCUGUCGAUCCCGAGGUUGUUGAAGCGGCCAUCGAAUGUGCGCGCGCGCACAAGCGCAUCGUUGUGGCCGUUAACAAGUCCGAGCGGCUGCCGCACGAGUAUGUGGGCAUGAAGAAGCAGUUGUUCGAGGGGAUUGAACGGCUCUUCCAUGUGCCAUGUGAGAGCAUCUUCAAAAUCUCCUGCCUGAAUGGCAUCCUGUCAGAGUCCGGUCAGGAAGACCCGGGCCAAAUCCAGGCAUUCCUCCGCGGGUUAAUCAAGACGUUUGAAGAGAUUGCUUCUCCCGCUUACAUUGACAGGGACGAGCACAGACAGUACGAUAGAUCGUAUUGGGAAGACUCUCUGGGAGUGACACACCGACAAAGCUCGAAUCUACAAAGAUGCAUGGCUCAAUUGGACGCAUUCCUAGCCCAGGCCGACCCUCCUUCAUCCAAUCCCCACCACGAAGCCAUGAGCGCCACACCCCCUGUCCAUGCUGAUGUCUUACUUUCUGGCGCCAGCCAAGAUCCCGAGACUGUCGAGAUGGAAGUGGACAUUGUUACUGCCGCAGAGCACCUACGGGAGGCUGCAGACUCCCUGGCCAAGAUCACCGGCAGAGGCGACAGUGGAGACGUGGAGGACGUCUUGGGGGUUGUCUUCGAGAAGUUCUGUGUCGGCAAGUGAUGAGGGAGGACACAUUAAAUUCGACUCGACUCGACUCCGAUGGCCAUGCUGCAAUGUGUCUGGUCACGUCCUCAUCCAGACUAAACCAUGACUUGUUGAACCUCCACGUCCAUAUCCACAUCCAAUUACACGCUCAUUUCACAAUGCGCGUCCACCGCUGCUGAUAUUGCAGCCGGGCACUGAUCGUUGCAGCCCCCACGACCACAACCUCGACCCUGCAAGAGCGACAGGGCAGGAACCAGCGGCGAGACCGCCAUCGAAGCCUCGGGGGCGUUGUACGCUCCUCGACCCAUGAUGAAAGAGACAGGUCGGGUCAACGAGACGAGCCAGGCUAGUCAAGAAAGAGGGAAGAAAGAGGGCCGCCAAAAUCCAACUCUCAAUUGUAUAGUAUUUAUUAUCGGAAGACAGUGUACUGAUAUUGAUAGAGAUAAGUAGAGGUGGGUAUAGCAGCGAUAGUGAAUAUAUAGAGACGCGAGAAAAGCAAUCGCUU